AACACAAAGACCGUCGAACUUUUGCAGAAAACAGAGAAGUGACACUGAUUUGUUUCUUUUAUAUUUUUUACGAAAGCUUUCCUAGUAACAUCUGUCAGGUUCCUCCAAUCUGACAAGGAGUACUUCAUAAGGAAGAUGGCUGUUAACAUCCCUGGUCUUACUGCAGUCAUUGCAUUUUAUGUUAUCAUUUUGGCAACUGGAAUUUGGGCUGCCUGGAAGUCCAGAAAGGAAGAAAAGGCAUGUACAGGGACCAGAAGUGAAAUUGCCAUGGUUGGAGGGAGGAACCUCAAAUUUAUUAUAGGAACUCUCACUACAUCUGCAACCUAUAUUGGAGGAGGCUACAUCAAUGGUAUUGCUGAAAUGCUCUAUUCACCAGAAGGAGGACUUCUUUGGACCCAAAUUCCAUUAGGAUAUGCAUUUGGCUUGAUAUGUGCUAGCCUUUUCUUUGUUAAACCGAUGAGAUCCAACAAUUAUCUCACCAUGAUAGAUCCUUUUCAAGAAAAAUAUGGAAAAAAAGCUGGAAGCAUAAUGUUUAUACCUGCGCUGUUGGGAAGUCUACUAUGGGCUGGUGCAAUUCUUGCUGCAUUAGGAUCAACAAUGAGUGUUAUCUUGGAUCUCAGGCCUUCUGUAUGCAUUAUCCUAUCCACUUGUGUGGUUGUGGUAUAUACCUUGCUCGGUGGUCUGUAUUCUGUGGCAUAUACUGAUGUAAUACAGCUUAUCUUUAUGAUCAUUUGUAUGUGGAUUUGUGUCCCAUUUGCCAUGGUAAAUAAAGCAACUGAAAAUAUUGCCUACACUGCUCUUAAUGAGGUGUAUCAAACUCCUUGGAUUGGCAAAGUUGAUUUGGAACAUCUUGGCAGAUGGUUGGAUGAUCUCCUGUUUCUGACUCUAGGGAGUAUACCAUGGCAGGAGUAUUUCCAAAGAGUUUUUUCAAUGACAUCAGUCUCCCAAGCAAAGAUGACAUCAUACUGUGCUGCUGUUUUCUGUAUUUUUCUGGCUAUUCCCUCUGCCCUGGUUGGUGCAGUAGCAGCUUCUACAGAUUGGAACAAGACAAGUUAUGGCUUGCCAGCGCCUUUUGAGCGGGGUGAGUCAGGCAUGAUAUUGCCAAUUGUUCUACAGUAUCUUUGCCCUGCCUAUGUCUCUGUGAUUGGGAUAGGAGCCAUUGCAGCUGCUGUUAUGUCGUCUGCAGAUUCAGCGCUUUUGUCAUCAAGUUCGAUGUUUGCAAACAACAUUUACAAGAACAUUCUCAGGAAAAAAGCAUCUGACAGAGAAUUGCUGUGGGUUAUACGAGUAUCUGUGGUUGUGUUUGGAACUGUAGCAUCUGGUCUGGCAUUCUGUUCCAACUCAGUUUAUGGCCUUUGGUUUGUUUCUGGAGAGUUGGUAUAUGCUAUUGUCUUUCCGCAAUUAAUCUGUGUUCUUUUUAUCCCCAAUAUGAAUGCAUAUGGAUCAGUUGCUGGAUUUUUAGUGGGACUAGUAAUGAGACUUCUGGCUGGGGAACCUUUCCUAAAUAUUGCAGCAGUCAUUCAAUACCCAUGGUAUAAGAUAAUCAAUGGGAAUCCUAUUCAGCUAUUUCCAUUCAAAACACUUACAAUGCUGAUGGCUCUGGCAGUUACUGUAGCUGUUUCAUAUCUGACUCGGUUUCUAUCCUUCCAUAAUCCAUUACAUGAAAAACGGAAAGCAUAUGACGUGAAUCGCUCACAUAAUGUUACAAGCACACCACAAGGAGAAAUAACAAGUGUUUCUGAAAGAGUAAAUAACCAAAUCAGUUUCACUAAUUCUGUCAGUGAAUAGCACUAUGCAUUCGUCUCAGAAGUAGGUGAAGAAUCACAUUGCUAUCAGCAAUGCAGUUUGUUUUUCUAACACACAGAAUCCACUUGUUGAGAAAGAAACUCUAAACAAGGAAAAAAGAAGGAGCAGUUUAAUGCCGCAAUGCCACAAAAGUAAAUAAUAUUAGAACUUCAUUACCAUUUUGAUGACAUCCCAAACAGUGUUACUAAAAAUUUGCAUUGAGACAGUUUGAAUGUUUCUGAGAGAGCUAAUUUACAUAACUUUGUUAAUAACUGGAAAACUGGUCAAGGCUUUUAAACAGCACCUGUGACAAUAAUGUAAAAGUGCAAAACAGACUUUUUGCAAAGGAAAUUUAGUUGCCGUGAAUGUAUUUAUAACAUGGUUGUUAGUGUCUAAGGUGUUUCUAAAAUAUGCUGUGUUUGUGAGCAUGCUGUGAAAAACGCCAGCCACUAAGAAUAAAAUGUUCAUUCCUACAGAAAUCACCAUUUAAAGAUCAAAUAUUUACUUUGUUGUGUCUUUCUUUUCAUGAAAAAGCUAAUGAAUUAAUAAAUGCUGUUCAAUAAAAUCUGCCACUUCUGUUUUUCAGUAACUUCUAAGAAACACAGAAAUCAAGUAUCUCAAUACUAUUUUGUUUAGCAGGUGAUUUUUCAGCCUAAAGAAUGCAGAAUAUAACAUUGGAACAUCAUGUAAAAUCAUUUAGUUAUUGCAAUUGAUCCAAAUGACACUUCAUUGUAAUGAAUAGUUGAUGCUUUUGCUUUCUAUACAGUGUUGAAAAAA